CGACGAGCGCCCUUCUCGGCUCGGGCAAAGCACCCUCUAUGAGGAUGCUAUUCUUAAUGCACUCGUCGCAUCUCGCGUGGUCGGUCACCCUUGCGAGACGAACGUGCCAGAAGAAGUCCCUCCACAUCUUGCAGAAGACGUGGAUCGACGCGCAACAGACUCCAAGCUUAGAGAGUCGUCUACGAACACUGAGGAAGACGUCUUUCUUUGUGGCGAACACCGACGGGAGCCGAAUGCGGUUUCUGAUCUCGAAGUUCGGGCCUGUCUCAAGCGAUGACAAUGGCCUGAGUUGGUACUGCUGCGGAGGGGUGGAGAAAUCGAAAGCGGGGAGGUUUACCUACGACGGCAGGAAGUUCAGGACCUUCUUUCUUACGUCUGUCUAUGACAGAGAGGGGAAAAACUGGGUCAAGGAAGAUAAGAAGGCAUCUCUUGACCAUCGGCUCUUCCAAGGAUACGGGGUCAAGGCUUUGUCGAUGAAAGCGUUUGACGUGUGCGGGAACGGAACGGAGUUCCAAAUGCUGGAUCCGAAAAAGUUUCUUUCCAAAACCAAUGGCUACCGCGUGACUGAUUCCGUGCCUGUCGUCGACAGCGCUUUCAUGCUCAGCAAACCUUUGGUCCAAUUCAACAGCCCGACGGUCCAACUCGCAGCUUUCGUUAUGCGAUACAGGGAAGAGUUCGCGAGGCUGCCUGCUGCCCAGCAAGUUGACCGUGUUUUCGUGCCGAUUGACGCCCCGUCUUCGUUGGCUGCGGGGCCCAAACGACGCCAAGAUCAGUCGGCCAGAGCGGGUGGAAAGAGGAAGCAAUUGCCAACUGCCCCGUUUUCAUCGGCUGCGGUUGUUCUGCCCGCUCCGGUUCCGCCCUCGGAUCGGCAAGGUCGCGAUGCGGCCGAGCUGUCCAGCGAGGCCAUAGACUACGACGACGGAGCUGUGCACUAUCGGGCUGGUCCCCAACAUCCGUCACGGGGAGGUGCAGGUGCCUCCGAUGACGAGGAAUGCAAGGGCCAAGAUGGGGAGGGCGGUGGUUGGGUUGGGGAGGGCGGUGGUGAGGAGGGGGAGGGCGGUGGUGAGGAGGAGGAAGGCGGUGGUGAGGGGGACGACGGUAACGAAGGAGAUGUUGAAGGUGAGGACGAUGGCAUGGACGAGAAGAGAGACGAUGUUGGUGAGGAAGUCGAAGACAAUCGCUCCUCCCAAUUUCACCGUCGCCACCACAACGAAUCGCAGGGGCGCUGUGAGGACGACGCCUGCCGCGUCGGUGACGCGGUCGAUGCUGGUGGCCAGCCUGCAGCCUCCCGCGGAAUGUCGCAGUCCGAUGACCAGACGAAGGAUGGGAGAGACGAACCUGGCUCACGAGGAAAGCGAAAGAGGGGAGAGGCGUCGACCUCUCCUGCGAGUCGAACAAAACAGGCGCGGGCCGACGCCGUCAAUGAAGCUCGCGGAGCGUUGACAGCAUCACAGGAAGCGCGGACUCCUCGGAAAACUGCUGGGGGGGGGCGAAGUGGCAGCCGCGGGAGCGGUCGCGGCGGCGGUAGGAAAGGCUCGCAGAGGUCCAGGGCACCUGAGUUGCGGGACUCGGGGGAUGAGGGCGAGGGGGUGGGGCCUCGCAUGCCCGAAGACAUUGAAGAGUUGGUUCAGCACGCCGCGCCCGGAAGGCGAAUCACGCCGGACGAGUUCUUCCAAAGAGAUUCUGCAGAGUUCGACUGGUACGCUGUCUGCGGUCAACAUACUGCCGAGGCCAUGAAACGGUUGGUUGGAAAGGACUCCCCCGCGGUCAAAGUCUACGGCCUCCGCACGUACUCUAAAGUGGACAUGACAUGCUGCGAGAGAGAAGUCGCGCUACUCCUGCUCAUGUCGGGGAAAGUGGUGGCAACAAAAGUGAGAGUCACGCCUCCGAGGGUGAACACAGAAUGUCUCCUCGACAUUAUGCGCAAGGAGAGAUACAUGGUCCGCAUGUUCAACUACGUCGUGUUUCGCGCCGAGGGAAGGGCAGGGGACGAAUGGAACGACGACUUCUUCAUGUCGUACAAGGACCUGGAAGAGAGGUAUGCUUCAAACGGGUUAUGCGCAGAUGAAUGGGAGAAGCAACGGGAGAAGCUGCAUAGCAACUUAGUGAAGACGAUCCCUCAGCGACUUGGAGGAGUGGAGGAGGCGAGGCAAGGCGACGAAAGUGCCGCAUAUUCAAUUUGGGAGCGAGAACCUGGCAAGUUGCGGAAGUUGUGCGGUUCAUUCGUAGGAGAGGCAGAAGGUGUGUUUUUGCUGGAUAGGGCGCACACGGGUCUUGUAUGGAAGUUAUUGCUUGCAGGUAAUAAUGUCAUUGUCUGUGACGACGCGGCCAAGGACAUUGCAUACUUGACAAAGUUCGUCGACCUACUUGUUAAGGAUGGGAGAUUCGAGUGCCGCCUCGAGAAGCCGCGUGCCACACAUCGCACGAACAGGGAUAUGUACCACAAGUUGGCACCGAAAAGACUGAAGGUGUGGGAAUACCUGUUCCGCGAUGCGCCGGAUGGACAUCUUGAUGGGGGAUACAUAUAUAGGAAAGCCAAGGUGACCGAGACCCUCAAACAUUAUCACGGUGCUCUAACUGGCGCCUUCGAGACAUUCGUUGCUCGAUGCGAGAUCUUGAGGUUUGAUCUUCACAAAGAUAAACUGACGUUUAAGGACUAUGCAGACCUCGCUAAAUCGGGUGAAGGCUUUAACCCCGUUGACAGCGAGGAAGACUCGUCGGACUCCGACUUCGAGAUCGAAAAGGACACCAAUGCAACCAGGUGGUGUGGGAAGUCCGCUGCCAUGGAGCACAGCGUCAAGGGAUAUGGACCGGGUCAAUCAGAGGGAUGCUCGAACCUGCCACCCGCGAACAGUGUGGCCUCGGGUGUGGACCGGGUUGUAUACACGCCUGUGGAAGACGACGAAGACGAUGACCUUGAUAUUCCUGCUCAGCCAACGAAGUUGGCGCCAGGCGAUCCGAUUCCUCCCAGAUUUUGUGCGGAUGCAAACAAUGUGUAUUUCUUGGAUGACAAAUACGCCUGCACUAAUGAGGACAAGUGGGGUCAUGAUAUCAUUUGGCAUGACGGCAUUUUCGAGCCAUGCAUCCAAGGCGGGGAGUGGAAAAUGGCGGUGAAGUAUGUCUCGAAGGGUUGGAGACCGUUUCCCCGCAUGGUUGAGCGCGCCGCCGCACUCGAGAGCAUGGACGUGGACUCCCGAGAAGAUGCCGCCCCUGUGCCCGAGGCGGCCACAGGGAACACGAUGGGUGAACAAAGGGAAGAUGGCGGGACGACGUUUGGCGUGAAGCCUCCGUUGCCAGAGGCGGGGAACAUGCCCGCAGGCAAAAACACCAUCGGAGCCAUCUCUGUCGCAACGGGGGAUACAUCACAAGGUGAAAAAGUGUCACUCGACAAGCCGGCGGAUGCGGGCGCCACAUACGGGAGUCUCCUCGCGAUAGGUGCGGCGCUGGCAGGCACAUCGGAGAUGGUGUCAGAGUCCACUGCUGGGAUGGGCGUCACGGGGAUGUCGUUGCAUCCGCCCACAUGCACUAGCAAAGGUGACGCACACUAUACAACAACACCACAGGGAGGGGUCACAGGGGAUGACGGAAAUGGGGGAAAUGCAGGGGGAUCUCCACGUUCUCGCAAUAUUGAGGACAUGACGACGGACGAUGAGGAUGGGGUAGAAGGCGAAAAGGGCAUGAGCGAUCCCACGCGUGCAGAAAAUGAGGGGUGAGACAGGGAAUGAACUUGAGGGGAAUCC